UAUGCAAGCUAACUUGCCCUUGCGGGCUUACGUACAUCGGCAAGACGGACCUGCCCAUGCGCGAACGUAUUCGCAACCAUAGAUCUAGUAUAAGGGUGGCGUAUAUAGAUCAAAAAUCGGACUUGCCGGUGGCUAAACAUUUCUUGGAGAAAGGACAUACGCUUCCGACUUUAAAACUCAUGGCAAUUGACCAUAUACCACCUCUUAGGAGGGGAGGCGACCGUAAGAAAAUGUUAUUACAACGAGAACUUUAUUGGAUUAGAACUUUGAGAACAGUAUAUCCUGAAGGUCUGAAUGAGAAAUAUACCCUUUCUGCAUUUCUAUAAAUGUUUAUGUUUUAAGUAGUGACAAUGAGAUGAGCUAUGUGAUGCCCACCCUGGGGGAUAGGCAUACAUUCCUAUGCUUCUCUCGUAACUAUGUGUGUUUAUUCAUUAUGUGGGGUGGCAUGCUCUAGUAUAUGUAUUAUGAUUUCCUUGUUCAAUAUUUGGUGAGGGUCAAACUUUAUCAAGACCAUUAGGGGGCACUACUGCUUAGUAUAGUGUUAUGUUGUAUCAUUAACUAACUGUGCUAUUCUUUUGAUGUACAUGAGAUGUUUAAAAGAACUUGUUAGGUAAUCAAUCUUUUUUUCAAUGAGCCUUGGUAUAAUAUUCUCUCUCUUGAGAUUUGCCUGGAUUCCUAACUUCUCUAGUCUGACAAGCCUGUUUUUUAUAACUUCAGAGUCAUUGGUAACUAUGAUUAAUCUUUUAGGCAUUUUUUUCAGCAAUUAAGUCCAAUAUGCGUAUUAAGGUUUUUUUAAUAUCAUGAUUGCCAGUUCUCUAUGCUGCAUCAUUGUCUGAAUUAUAACAUCCCCAGGAGUCUAGCGUGUAGCAGUUGAUACAUUGUUUUUAUCGUAAGAUUAGUAUGUUGUAUCAUGUUUGUUGUUAUAGGUCACCAUGGUGAUGACCCCUGGCCGCGUCAUUGAGCGUGACGCCGUGCGGCUGCAGAC